AUGUACGACAAAGAUGUGCUCCCUUGCAUCGUUUCAACGGUUUUCUUUUUUUCUUUUGGCCCCGUGAAAUCAUACUUUGAUCAGAAAUUCCCAAGUUCUUGUUCAAGUGACGAAUAUAUGCAAGAAUUAGGAUUGGAAAGAUGUUUGAGUACAAUGAUACUUGGUGUUGGAGCAAGGAUUGGAAGUAAAUAUCUUGUUGUGAGGCGAUGUAGUACUGAUGAUGGUUUGAUUAUAGUUGCCAUGAAGGGCGCAUUCUGGCAAACUAUCGGGGCCCUGGACAUUGUGACUGAUAGUGGCAUUAUCUUCAUGCCAAUUUUUCUCGUUUGGGGAUUACAGAUGCAAUUAAGGCGUAAGGCUCUCGUUUUCAUGGCAUUUGGGACUAGAAUGUUCAUUCUACCCAUAUCCAUAAUGCGACUUGUCGUCGUUUCCUCUUCGGGAUCUCCCACGCUUCCAAACCAAACACUCGUCUCAUAUCGAAAUUACGUCUGGACAUCUGUCCAACUCAACUCAGCAAUUUUCUUCGGAUGCUUAUCAUUUCUCAAACCAUUCAUGGAAUCCAUGUCGUCUGGUGGUCUCGCAGCGUCGGUAAACCCUAUGGAUUCAUCCUAUGGCAACAAUCACUCUCAGUCCAACUCAAAAUUAAGUACCUUUCUCUCCUCUCGCUCGGGUUGGAAACCCUCUAAAAAGAAUCCGCCUCGCAUACCACAAGAUCUUCGCACCAUAUCAACUUUUCAAGAUUACGACGAAGAUGAUGAAAUAUCCACUCCUACAAUCUCAUCUCCAAUUUCCAAUUUCAAGAACUCGUCACCUGUGUUUAAUUUUCGUUUUAACAAUAUAAACACGAAUGCAAAACUCAGUCAUGAAGGGGAGGAACUUUGUACAUUAAGGCCUGAUGGAGCUAUGAAUAUUGCGCAUAUUCGACGUUCGACACCAGUGGAUAAUGCGGAUAGGAGUACGGUCGGUAGUGAUAAGAUGAUCAUUAGACGUACCACUGAAUGGGAUGUUAGAGAAGAUUUCGAAAAUUCCGAGGGAAGAAAUACUCGUUCUGGAGAUGGAGAUGAUUAUGAGAUUCAUAAGGCUAGUAUGGAGGGAAGAGAUGGUGGGGGUUGGGGUGAGAGGGAUACACAUUAUGUUGGGUAG